GUUUCAGUUUGUUCAGACUCCCUCCCGGUGUGGGCGGGACGCUAGAAAACAACUUGAAGAGUGCGGGCCAGACACAAUUCCGACAAGAUGCACUAAAUGCCAUUGUAUUUCAACUCAAAAUACAGCGGUGGAUGAAUCUGAACCAAUUCAGGGAAAAACACUCCCAAGAAAAUGUUUGGCGUGUGUCGAAAUCGACAAACGCUACGGAAACUGGCAUUAGAAAAAUGAAACAAACAACUUGAUGGACUCUGGAUUUCGUCAGCGUCUAAAAUGGAAAUUACAGAUGAAAUAUAUUUAUCCGGAAGUGGCAAACAAUCUUUAUUCAGGAUAUUAUUUUUAACAAACCGUGUUGAACAGCUAAAAGAUGAAAAGUCAGUCGGAGCAAUUAUUCUCAAGUGAGAUGAAAGUGAAUGACCCAGCAAACAUUCAUGUGAACAUGCAGAAGUUUACAUAUUAAAGCAGCCGUGUUCGGGCGGUAUCUCUAUCCUGUGACCGAAAUGUUUGGGAAUAUCUGCUUUUCACUUAUCCCAAAUAGGAUGUGCUUCUGAACACGGGCACUUACUUAAAUCAGUCAAUUUGGUGCAGAAUCUGUUCCUCUGUUGCCAAUAAGUCCCCGCAAUUUUGUCAACCAGACAUCUUAGGUAACUGUCACGGAAUAUUGGGCGGUAAUGCGGGGGUGUCUCCAUGCUGAGAGGCGCCGUUUAUUGUUCUCAUCGAUUUGGUGAUUUCCAGUCCGGGGAAUGAUGAACCAAUCAGCCGAAUGUCUGGAACCAAACAGCGUUGACUUGCAAACCAAUUCGAAGAACUUAAACUGCAGCACCAAACUAGACACUGCUGGUGGGGUUGGUGGCAUCACAGCACUGGGCAUCUCUGUCUCGGUUUUGCUGUGUCUCCUCACCCUAGCGACUGUGUUGUCCAAUGGGUUUGUAAUCGCCACUAUCUACCAGACCAGGAAGCUCCACACUCCGGCCAAUAUCCUGAUCGCCUCCCUGGCGGUCACUGAUCUCCUGGUCUCUAUAUUAGUCAUGCCUAUAAGCAUUGUCUAUACUGUCAGUGGGACUUGGAAUUUCGGACAGAUCGUCUGUGAUAUUUGGCUGUCCUCCGACAUCACCUGUUGCACCGCCUCAAUCCUCCAUUUAUGUGUGAUCGCUUUGGACAGAUACUGGGCCAUCACAGAUGCCGUUGGGUACUCGAUCAAGAGAACCCCUGAAAGAGCCGCUGGGAUGAUAGUCACCGUUUGGGUGAUCUCAGUUUGUAUUUCCAUUCCACCUUUAUUCUGGAGACAAGCCAAAGCCGGAGAGCUGAUGCACUGCACAGUCAACACCGACCAAAUCUUCUACACUGUUUAUUCAACUUUUGGAGCCUUUUACAUUCCCACAUUGCUGCUUAUCGCUCUGUAUGGGAGAAUCUACGUGGAGGCGAGGUCCAGAAUCCUCAAACAGACACCAAAGAAGAGGGGCAAGAGGCUGACCAAGGCCCAAUUGGUAACCGACUCUCCGGGAUCAGCUUCAAUUUCUUCGGUAAACUCUCGGGCUAACGAGGCUUCCAGCGAGACCGGUUCUCCGGUUUAUUUAAACCCUGUCAAGGUGAAAGUGUCUGAUGCUCUGUUAGAAAGGAAGCGGAUCUCAGCGGCCAGGGAGAGAAAGGCGACCAAAACUUUAGGGAUAAUCUUAGGAGCCUUCAUCGUGUGCUGGCUGCCUUUCUUCAUCAUUACCUUGGUGUUACCCAUCUGUAGGGAAGCUUGCUGGUUCCACCAUGUCAUCUUUGACUUCUUUAAUUGGCUGGGCUAUCUCAAUUCACUCAUCAAUCCCAUCAUAUACACCAUGUCCAAUGAAGACUUCAAGCAGGCUUUCCAAAAACUGAUCCGGUUUAGAUGACUGCAUCGUGAGCGAGUCUAAUAAUUGUACCGGUCAGCUCACUCAAACGCCAUUCCUUUUAGCCUCUCUCUCUCUCUCUCUAACGCUGUCUUUUUAAACGGUAACAAAAGUUAAGGUUAGCUGGUAGCUCUUUCGCAAAUCUCGAGCAUUUGAUUUCGCACUUGAUUUCAAAAAUAUACAUAGGCAUAGGAAAUAUUCUAGAUGUACUUGUUGCGUUGACCUGUUGAAAAAUGGGACAAAUGAGCGAGAGCUUUGGCUGACCCAAAUCAGAUUCGUGCAAGCAGAAGUUGAACGUCCACAAAAGAGCGUUCUUUAUGCCGUGGGCUCGCUACAGCCAUUCUGUACAACAUUCAGAAUUAUAUGGAGUAUAGUUAUUAUCGAUAGACACUUGAUGCUGACUCACUUCGGUGAGAUCCGAAGAAAUUCCAUAUUUGAAGCAUGUGGCACAUUGAACUAAUAUUAAAGCACAUUUCUGGCUACGACCAUAAAUAAACAUCGCCAGUGACCCGCAGUACGAAAUUGAUGUUUUUGAAACCUAGCUUUGGCCGACUUUUUGAGAUUGCUCCUCUUCAAAGCAUAGCCUUUUUUUUAAACUGACGUUUGAGUUUAAAAAUGAAGCAUCAGAAGGCCUACGAAAGGGAUGCUGCGGCUUAGAAAUACAAUUUAAAUUAUAGAUUUUUUUCGGUUUAUAUUGCUUUGAUCCCACACGCAGCGUUUUUAUAAGGAUUCUGCAUUUAAAAACGCACAUUAUUGAAUGCCACCAUAUGACAAAACCUCGAUACAAACCAAGCUUUAAAAAGUAACCUCUGAUCUCUACGUGUUGUUGCUACUUGGUUACCGUAGUUUCAAAUACAGAAAAGCGGAACUGGAUUCAGCCCCUUAUCAACACGGUGUUUUUGUGUUCUCUUAAAUAUAUAGUUUAAUUGUAUCAUUGCACAUUAAUACCGACAGUACAAAUAAAACAAUGGCUGUUGAUA